AUGGAAGAAAAGAUCAAAACCAUUGAAGGCAUGCGCCGACCUCAUGAAAACCCAACAGAAUGGCGAUUAAGGAGGGCGUUUCUAGUCAAGAAUUUCGAUAAUCUCGAUGCUGAGCGCCUUGAGUGUUUGUCACAUUGUUUCGUGAAUCACGAACUUUAUGGCGUGGGAUACCCUAGCAAGUUUCGGAGGUUAGGUGAUGGAAUUGUCGACAGUAUUUACCGUGGGAGGAGCAUUGUUAAACGAUUAUGUACAACUUUAUUUGCUCUAUUUUCGCUUAAGAUCAAAGUAAACAUUAAUCACCUUUCAGAACAGUUUUGUAGUUUGAUAGAAAUCGAACAAUAG